AUGAACUACGGAGAGCCUCUCCACUUUCCCAACGGUCGCACCACUCUCUUUCGCUGUCUCCAGCGGACCGCCACCACCACCAGCAACACCACAAAUCAUCCGAUAUUCGACUGGACACACGCUGCAGCGGAAGGUGAGGAUGAACUGGGACAAGCAACGCACCACGGCAGCCUUUCCCGCCCGAAGUAUCCGACGUCUACGAAAUGGGUGUCCUCCGCGAGCACUUUGCCCCCUCGGAGCAUAACAGUUACCGGGCUGCCUGGAUAG